CUUUAUUUGACGAAUAUACUCAAAAAGAAUACCAAAAAUCAAAUAAUAAGGCAGCAAAUAACCCAAAGAAUUUUAUAGUUAAGACAGAAGACGGUCCAAUUGAAUUGACAACUGCUAUAAGAUAUGAACGAAUGCAUACUGGUAUAAAACCAAUUAGAACUAAAGGACGUAUUUUAAGGUGGAUCACAACCUAUAAAUCACAAUCAAUUUUGAUAGCAGAAAUUAUAGCAAUAUUUGUUAUAAGUUUAUUUAUAAAAUUAUUAAGAAAAUGUGAUACAAGUUAUAUUAGAGCUGAUAUGUUGAAUGGAGUGAAUGUCGUUGCAAAAAAUAACACACAAUUUACAUGUAUAUGUGAAAUAUAUUCAUUUCAAUUUAUUGCAGCUUUAGGUGAUAUUGAAACUACUUUUCAUGGUAUAUCAAAGUGGAUGGGCAAAAAAUUAUGGCUAACUAAUUUGCAAUUAACAUCAUAUUAUUAUUGGCAAAAUAAUAUUAUUGAUAUUGAAAAAAGCAUUAUAAAUGCUGAAAAAAUUAUGAAAAAUAUGAAAAAAAAUGAUAUAAAUGAUGACAUUAAUUUUUAA